AUCUGAUUAAAAAAAAAAAUAAUGUUAUCUUUAAAUCCAUGCAUCAGCAUCUAUGAAAAUUUCCAAACCAUGCAUGAACAUUCUUUUUGAACACCUUUUUGUGAAACAGGUCGAUUUGAAGUUUUUGGAUUAAAAAAAAAAAACAGGAAAUGCUCACGUGACAUAAGUUGUCACCAACUGAGUCUGACACUAGAAUACUGUUCUGUAACAACACAACUAGAAGUCAUGGAUGCUGCUGAAUUUCGAGUCAAGGCCAAAGAAGUCGUAGACUUUAUUGCAGAUUAUAUGGAAACUAUUGAAAACAGACGAGUAUCCCCGGAUGUCAAACCUGGUUAUCUCAUCAACGCUGUACCCAAAGAUGCCCCGAAAGACCCCGAGAACUUUGAGGAUCUUAUGAAGGAUUUUAAGGAAAUAAUAUUACCUGGGAUUUUACAUCAUCAACAUCCCCUCUUUAAUGCCUACUUCCCCCUUGGUCACUCCUUUGCUUCAGUCCUGGGUACUAUGCUGUCUGACGGGAUCGCAGGCAUCUCCACAUCCUGGGCGAUCAGUCCCGCAUGCACGGAGUUGGAAAUGGUUGUCACAGACUGGUUAGGUAAACUCGUGUCUCUACCGAAGCAGUUUUUACACGAGGGAGGAGAGGGUGGGGGGUCCAUUCAGGGAUCUGGAAGCGAGUGUAUUUUCUUGGCUCUUUCCGCUGCAAAACGUCACACUCUACAAAACACAGUGGACGAAGCUCCCCGGCUUGUCGCCUACACCUCAUGUUUGGCUAACGUAUGUGUUCAAAAGGCUUGUUCACUGGGGUCCGUGAUUUUACGACAGAUCGAAGUAGAUGAAAAUCUUUCCUUGUCUGUAAAAGCUUUGAAAAGAAGCAUCAUGACAGACAAAUCAAAUGGACUCCAUCCCUUUUUUGUCUGUGCCACGGUGGGCACCACUUCUUGUUGUUCCUUUGAUGACAUUUAUGAGCUGUCGGAGGUGUGUGACAAGGAGAACGUCUGGCUGCACGUUGAUGCUGCGUAUGCCGGUUGUGCGUUAGUUUGCCCAGAAUUCCACUACCUCAUUGAUGGCAAAGAGAAAAUUUCCUCCAUCUCUUUUAAUCCACACAAAUGGUUGCUGACAACAACAGAAUGUGCUGUACUUUGGUUGAAGAACAAAAAACCUCUAACUGAUUGCCUCGGUGCUAGUGCCACAUAUCUACAGCAUAAACAUCAAGCUGAAACAACUGACUUCAGA